AAGCGUUUCUAAAAUUUAAGAGAUGUCAUCAUAUAAGUAAAUUAAGCAAACCUAAGGAAGAGAAAUUCUAUAACUUUAUAAUACAUUUUUUUCCCUUUAAUUCUAAAUCCGAAGUUUGCCGGAAUAACCUUCAAUUCUCUCUGUAAAUUGAAGCUGUCUCAGUCUGUCUCACUCUUCACUCUUCAGAUAUACAGAGCGUGAGAGAUUAAGAAAGUGAAAAAGCUAUCAACUUUCACUGUCUGGACCCACCAAUUCUCAUAUCUAGAGAUCUACUAGGAGGAUGGUGUGGUACAUUAGAUUAUACGAUGCCUAAGUUCUUUUGGGUGUGGUCUAAUAGGCUGUUCUAAUGACUGUAAGAUGUGGCCUUAUACUGUGGUCUCUUUGGUGGAGAUUGGUCGCUGAUUGAGCAUCAAAGUCUUUUACUUUGUAAGUUCGAAAUAGUAGGUGUCAUAGUUAUCAACAUAUUGAUCACUCUGUGCCUGGGUUGGUCCACUCGUAGUGCUCCCUUACUUGGUCUGCUCUCAAUAUUGUUUUUUCUUCGAAUCUUAGGUCUUGAGAAGUAAACUUAGCAAGAAUGAAUCCUCAAGGUGGCGGAGCUGGACAAGUUAAUGCAAGCAACACAAACAACCAAAAUUUCACCUCUCAUCCAUCUCUUGAAUCAUUGCAGACGACGCUCCUUCCUUUGUUUCCUCUCACCACUGAAAGUGAGCAAAGGUUCCUUGAAGGGCUUCCUAUGCCAAAUCUGAAUCUCCCUCAACAAGGUCUCACUGGUGUUCCUCUUCAUGAAUCCCUUAACUUAUCAUUGGGAUCCAACGUUUCUUCUUCAAGUUCCAUUGCUAUAACUCCUCAAAAUCCAUCCACCAAUCUUGACUUGUCACUAUCACUAACAAUAGGCUUAGCUCAUCAGGGAAAUGAAGUGCAAGUGCAAGGUGUGCAUGGAGGCACCUCAUCAGACACUGUUCUCUUACCAAGUAAGAGAAACCAUGCUUCUGGAGGAUUUCUCAGAGGCGAAAGUUCAAACAUGGGAGAACAAGCUCCACCGGCCAAACGACAUGUCACUGAGUUUCAGGUCGGUGCCAACAACAAUUUGAACCCAUCACCACCACUUCCUGAGAGGCAAGUAGCACAACCCUUCAGUGAAACUCCACGCACUGAACCCAUCCAAGGUCAUGUUCAUGUCAACCCACAUAAUGGAUCAGCUCCUGCACCACAACCACAACCACAACGUUAUUCGCGUGUUAACAGGAUUGCAAACAACUUCCGAAGAGGUGUACAGGGUCAACUACACCAUUGUUUGUCCUGUAGCGGAUCCUCACACCAUAGUUUUCAUAGAUCAUCCAUGACUGGUCCUCCUUCGAUCAACAAUGGGAGUGCAAGAAACACUCCUCGGGUGAUUGCACCCCCUUAUCCUCAAACCCUAGGUGAUAAUAUGGCCCCUUUACAUGGUCACAUAAACUUUCAGAGAGGUAACAUGUUUGGCCAUAAUGCUCAUCAAGCAAUUAUGUACCACCCUCCGAGUGACCAAGCUGGUCCUUUAGCUUUGGCUUCUUCACAAGGCAUACGAGAAAUGAGCCUUACUGUUGCAGCAAGUAGUUCCAGAAAUCAGAAUAAUUACCAAAAUCAAGCUGUAGUGCCUUCACCUCAACCUCGUGUCAGUCAUGAGACUUUUUUGCCACAACAGUUUUCUACUGUUGACAUGAGAAGAAGGCUUCCAGCUGAGGUUCAAUCUAUCCUGAAUCAAGUACGCGUGGGUCGACGCACUCUAAUGUUCGAGGAUCUGAUGGUCUUUGACUAUUCACUUGUGUUACUAGAGUAUGAGACGGAACUCCAAAAUCAAUUGGAUCCAUCACACCCGGGACUGAGUGCGGAAGAGAUCAUGGGCCACAUUAGGCGUGAAAGUUUCACGUCAUCCGUUGGUACAGAAAAUCAAGAAGAUGAAGAAAAAUGUGCCAUCUGUCUGGAGGUUUAUGAAGAUGGAGACGAAAUUGGGAAGUUGGAUUUAUGUAUUCACAUAUUUCACGUUCAAUGCAUCAAACAAUGGCUCAUGCAGCGGAACGUAUGCCCGAUCUGCAAAAGAAUUGGGUUGACAAUAAACGAUGCAGAAAAUGAAAGUGGAGCAGUAGUUAAUAAUGAAAAUGCCAAUGCUUAAUUAGUUCCUGCCUGUAACUUUCAAGACUAAGAUUCCAACUUCCUUUUUUCCUUCAUGGAACAAACUUGUUUAUAUAUGUAGUAAUAAGCUUUUACUUAAUGCUUGAUGACUAUUUACAACUCCUGCAAUAUUUUUGUUUUUUUUUAAGCUAGUGGAUGCUUUUAUAUGUCAUUGCGGAUGAUAUCAGAGGAAGUGAAGUUCCUACUGAACUUAGGGAAUGUUUUGUCCGAUUGAGACAGACUGA